CGAUUAGAAACACACACAAAUUGCACUACCACAAUCACAUAAUUUGUUUUGAUACUUUCCAUCUAAGUUUCUGUGUGUGUUGUUCUAUUGGAUACAAGUAAUACAUUUUAAAUUUUGUAAUAUUGUGAGAAGAAGUAGAAAGAAGACGUAGUAGAAGAAGCCGGUGACUAUAAUUUCCAUUAAAAUAAAAUAAAGAAAUCCCUUGGCUUAACUACUAUAAUGGUGGUAACUACAUCUUCGAGUUCAAAUUCUAAUGAAAUUCAGACUAGUCCAAAUGUAAGUCUUGCAGAAUAUGAUAUUUCACAUGAAAUAAUUAAUGAUGAUAAUGAUGAUGAUAAUAAUAAUACUAGUACUGGUGCUGGAACAAAUGGAGUAGAAGUUAAAGCUCAAUUCACAACUGAUUUACCUGUAGAUUAUGGUAUUUCUAAACCAAAGGCUCAAACAUCCCCUUUAUUAUCAUCAACUCCACCUACUGUUGCUAAAUCAUUAAUUAGAGCUUAUCCAUAUCUUUUAAUUAUUAAUAAAUUAUUAUCAAUUGCAACUUGGACUAAUGAUGAUUAUUGGAUAAAUAUUAUUAUUAUAAGUAUUUUUUCAUUAUUUAUAUUAUAUUUUGAAAAUCUUGUCAUUUGGUUAGGUCAUAUUAUAAUUGUUGGAAUAAUAACACUUUAUACUAUAUUAAAUAAUAAAAUAUUAGAAGAAACUAAAGAACAUCCAACAUUAGAUGAUGUUGUACAAUCAUUAACAGCUACAUGCAUUAAGGCAGAUAUGUUAUUAAAUCCAAUCACUUCAUUAGCAUUUACUUCUUAUGAUAUUAAAAGAUUAUUGUUCACCACAAUUUUUUUAACUCCAUUAUAUUUAAUAGUUUCAUUUUUGGUUAUUAAACCAAGAAUUAUUUUAUUAAUUACGGGUAUAUAUAUGUUAACAUAUCAUUCUUCAUAUUCCAGAGUUAUUAGAAGAAUAGUUUGGAAAAUUAAAUUAGCCAGAUUAUUAGUAUUUUAUUUAACUGGAUUAGAUUUUCUGCAAGCUAAGAAUUCUUCAUUAUUUGCUGCAGCAUUUGCUAAAGUUCAAAAGAGUACAGGAUUAACCACUCUUAAUAAUCAAAGCUCAACCAAUAAUAAACCAGUUAGAUUUACAUAUGUUAUUUAUGAAAAUCAAAGAAGAUGGUUAGGUAUUGGAUGGACUUCUAACUUAUUAUCAUAUGAAAGAGCUCCUUGGACUGAUGAAUUCUUGAAUGAAAGUUCUUCUGUAGAUGCAUUCAAAUUACCAAAUGCAAAUGAUGCACAAUCUACAGGAUCUGCUUCUGGUGAUAAUGGAGUCGAUAGAUUAGAUGGAGCUACAUGGAGGUGGGUUGAUAAAACAUGGAGAUUAGAUUUAACUAAUGAUGGUGCUAUAACAUUGCAAAAUAAUAAGAGAUCAAAGACUAAUGCAAAUCCUGGAAGUGAUGAAGGCUUUAUUUAUUAUGAUAAUACAUGGAAGAAGCCAUCGACAGAAGAUUCUUUCUCAAAGUAUACUAGAAGAAGAAGAUGGAUAAGAACUGCGGAACUAGUGUUUGAUAAUGCUGCUGGUUCUAAUGCAGUAGUUAGUGGAGCAGUAAGUUCUGGACAACAGACUGAAGCAUCUUUAGAUAAUAGUCAUUCUACUUCAAGUAAAAGAAAGAGUUUAAGAUUCUCAGAAGUAGUAGUUGAGCAUGAUGAAAAGAAGCCUGCGUUAGAAUCAAUUCUUUCGGAAGAAGAGGAAGAGGAAGAGGAAGAUGAAGAAUCUCAGCAUCAUUUACAUGAAGAAGAAGAAGAAGAUCGUGAAGAGGAAGAAAUAGAAGAGAUUAAAAUAAAAACUGGAAUACCUGAAGCUGAUGUACAAGGCUCUAGUAGUGAGCAUAGGAGUAAUGUGGUAGAUCGGAAAAAUGAUUAAUCCACCACCACUGAUUUGUUUUCAUUUCUUUAUUUAUUUACUAUUUAUUAAUUAAUUACUUAUCUGCUUUUAAA